AUGAAAAGAUGUUUGUUACAUGGAAAGUCUCACUCUAUUGAAGAUUUAGUGUGACAUGUGUACAACAUGUGAUUGAUUGAAUUUUUGUAAAAAAAAAAAAAAAAAAAAUAGUAUAAAAUAUAAAGAAGGAUUUUAAGUGGAAAAUAUUACAGACUGUUUGAGUAGGAUUUAACAGAGAAGAAUGCAGUUUUUAGUCGUGGUUUCAUUCUGCUUACUCGGGUGUGUAAUAGAGCGAGCUGUAGCAGACACCAAAGCGAAUUCACCACCCCACCCGCCAUUACAAAUUGUCUACAACGACAAGCUGAGGGAGGCCAUGAGACGGUUUAACAUCACAGAGUCAGACAUGAGUGAGAUGUUAAGGAACUACAUGGAAAAUGGAAAGUCUCCUACAAUAACUAAAAGUGUGGUAAACCAGCAGACUGGCCUACAAGAGACAAUAACCCUGGACUUCCAAGGCUUCACGAAGGAAUGGUCUUCACUUCCCCAGAGUGGGGAACCCUCGCCAUUGCCGGGUAAUGAGGAAAGGGCUGGACCCAAUGGAGGGCAACGAGCGCAGAAUAAUAAUCAGGGCCUGCAGAUUGACGACAUGGAUGCACAAAGUCUACACGAUCAAAGGACACACCUGAUGCGUGGUAUGUUGACAUUGGAUGCUGAAAGCACUGAUCUGAAGGCAGAUUUUGAGCUUGGUGGGAUAACGGAGAUUAUAUACAGACAACGAAUGCUGAAUAACAGACAACUGUACCGAGAUUUAAUGGAACAAUUGUUAAAGGUUCAAAGUGUUUUGAAUGAUUAUACGCCUUCUACGGAGUCUACACCUGCAACCUCUAUGGCAAGGAGAGGUUCGUCACGACUUGUAACUUCAAAUAUGAUGUCAGAUGACGAUACAUCGUCUACCAAACAAACUCAGGCAGUGGGGCCUGAUAACGGACAAUCCGCGAAGAGCGCUGAAUCAGUGCAACAAAAAUUAGCAGAACUGGAGGAACUACAGAAACAAAACGCACUACUGACUUUAAGAAUCCGCGAGGAGCAACAACGAUUCUCGUCUGCAAAUAUCGACUCAAAUACAAUUUCUGAUGCUCGUAAAGUUUCCGACGAUGGUAUGUUGUUCAGAAGCGCAGCCCUUCGAAGACCAGGCUCCAUGCGUCAAGAAAAUGCCCUUGACAACAGAGAUCAAAGACAACAAGCAUCCAGUAUCGCUGCAGAAAAUCGAAAUAAUUUGGUGCAAGAAGAGGGAGGGUCUAGAACUAUAUUGCAAGACGACCGCGCUAUGUCGUUAAGGUCACUGCCAUCGCCCUCUGCAGAACGACGUACAUCUUUAAUGCAGCCACGUAGAAACUUACGAGAAAGGUUGUUAGCGGAAUACGAACUGUUACAAAGCAGGAAACGCUCUAUCUACCAGCUUUUGCGACGAAACGGGAUAUUGUAAUGCACGGAAAGCACGGAGUGUAUUAUUCAGAAUUUCAGACCUCAAUUCUUGUAACAUUUUUGUUUUCCGUUAAAUACCAGUGACGACACACCAAAGAUGACAAAGCAGUUUUAUUAUUGGUUAUAGUAUGUUGUGUAGACUGCUUUGUUCAUUUUCACCAGAGAUUCGUGAAUGACCCAAAAUCAAGUGCUGGAUUUUGUAGCUCAUUGAGUUGGUGUGGAUAAGGGUGGGGUUACAAAUUCCUCCAUAUGUAACAAACUCUUGACGAAAGAGAGAUAUCACCUGUAAAGGCGCUGAUAUUUGUGAACCUUGGCGACAGUUUGUGAUCUCUGAAGCCUCUUUUUGUAAAUUCUACUGCAUUAUCUAAUUAUUAACAUUAUAAUGAGUUUGUUUGUAUAUUACAUGACAGUUCAAUUUUCUUCAUUGAUCCUCAUAUAUAUAGAAAAUUGCGUGAAAACUGAUUUUUUAAAAAGAUAUACGUAGGUGUUUUUUUUUAUUUAAUGGUUAAAAACGUUUUAACUGAAUUUUUUCCCGCUUGAUAUCAAUAAACACUUAUUCUUCCCUACAUUGAAAUAUACACAAUAUCUAAAACCAUGCCCAAUAUAUUCAGUUGCGUACUGCUUUUUAUCUUCGACUAAUAUUCAUAUUGAAAUACCAGAAAUUUUCCAAAAUGUGAUAAAGUUUUUGGUAAUUAUGGAAUGAACUCUAUUCAUUAAUUAAAGAUAUUGUUUAACACAUUCGCGGUAUUUGUCUUUCAGUGUUGAUACAGAAAUCACGUGAACAGGCUGAUUGGCGCAAUUUGAGAUAUAUUAAAAUAGCGUCUUUUUCAAACAAAGUGCAAUAUAAUAGUCGAAUUUCAGGUUUGAUUAGGGCGGGUUAAGUUGUGGCAAUUCUCAAAAACUUUUUUAUCGUAACACUCAUCACUUGGCUCUAUGAUCACUACGAUAUUGACGUCAUAGGCGCGCAUGCGUAUUUAAUUUCUGAGGACCGUCAAAGAAGAAAUUGACCCUAUCAGACAUGACAUGUUUAUCACCACAUUGGUCUCCUUUGUAUAUAUGUGUGCAUGUAUAUUUAUGUUUCACGAUUACAACACGUAGAAUAAAUCUAUAACUUAGAUGUACAUUUUAUGUCAUCACCAAUAAUAAAGAGUAUAUUGAUUGAU